AGAGCUGAGCGCCAGGCCAGGAGGUGACGGGCUCCGCCCAUUAUUUCAGGCCAGAGAGUCCGUGCCAGUGACAUGCCAGCAUCUCGGGAAGUUGAUCUGGAAGGCGCUCGCACAACUUUUGGAUCUUAAUCUGGACUUUCUGCAUCCGUCUUGGCCAGACUUCCGGCUGCAGCUGUCCCGUCUCCCUCUCCAGGUCAGCGUCGCAGGGUCCCAGGUGCCAGCGACCCCCCUCGGAGCCCUCAGACCCGAGCCUCCGCCAUGGACAGGACGGCCGAGCUGCUCUUCUACGUGAACGGCCGCAAGGUGAUAGAAAAAAAUGUUGAUCCUGAAACAAUGCUGUUACCAUAUCUGAGAAAGAAGCUUCGACUCACAGGAACUAAGUAUGGCUGUGGAGGGGGAGGCUGUGGUGCCUGCACAGUGAUGAUAUCACGAUAUAACCCCGUUACCAAGAGGAUAAGACAUUACCCAGCCAACGCCUGUCUGAUGCCCAUCUGUUCUGUGUAUGGCGCUGCCGUCACCACAGUGGAAGGCAUAGGCAGCACCAGGACCAGGAUUCACCCAGUUCAGGAGAGGAUCGCCAGGUGCCACGGCACGCAGUGUGGCUUCUGCACCCCUGGGAUGGUGAUGUCCAUCUACACGCUGCUGAGGAACCACCCGGAUCCCACCCUGGACCAGUUAACUGAUGCCCUGGGUGGUAACCUGUGCCGUUGCACUGGAUACAGGCCCAUCAUUGAUGCAUGCAAGACUUUCUGUAACACUUCUGGCUGCUGCCAAAGUAAGGAGAAUGGGGUUUGCUGUCUGAAUCAAGGGAUAAACGGAUUCCCAGAACUUGAGGAAGGAAAUAAGACAAGUUCAAAACUCUUCUCAGAAGAGGAGUUUCUGCCACUGGAUCCAACUCAGGAAUUGAUUUUUCCUCCUGAGCUAAUGAUAAUGGCUGAGAAACAACCACCCAGGACCAGGGUUUUUGCUGGCGAGAGAAUGACGUGGAUUUCCCCAGUGACCCUGAAGGAACUUCUGGAGGCUAAAGCCAAGUACCCCCAGGCCCCUGUCAUCAUGGGGAACACCUCUACGGGGCCCGAAGUGAAAUUUAAAGGUGUCUUUCACCCAGUUAUCAUUUCUCCCGAUAGAAUUGAAGAACUGAAUGUUGUAAACUCUGCAAAUAAUGGGCUCACCUUAGGUGCCGGCCUCAGCCUGGCUCAGGUGAAGGACACCCUGGCUGCUGUGGUCCUAAAGCUUCCCGAGGAGAGGACACAAACAUACCGCGCUCUCCUGAAGCAGCUGGGAACUCUGGCCGGAGCCCAGAUCCGGAACAUGGCUUCUCUAGGGGGCCACAUCGUGAGCAGGCAUGUAGAUUCCGAUCUAAAUCCCCUCCUGGCUGUGGGCGGCUGCACCCUCAACUUGCUAUCGAAAGAAGGGGCACGGCAGAUUCCUGUAAACGAGCAGUUUCUCAGGAAGUGCCCGAGUGCGGACCUCAAGCCUGAAGAAAUCUUGAUCUCCGUGAACAUCCCCUACUCCAGGAAGUGGGAAUUUGUGUCGGCCUUCCGACAAGCCCAGCGGCCGCAGAACGCACUCGCGAUAGUCAACUCAGGAAUGAGAGUCUUUUUUGGAGAAGGGGACGGCAUCAUCAGAGAGUUCUCCAUCUCGUAUGGAGGCGUCGGCCCAACCACCAUCUGCGCACAGAAUUCCUGCCAGAAACUCAUUGGAAGGCCCUGGAAUGAAGAGAUGCUGGACGCAGCUUGCAGGCUGGUCCUGGAUGAAGUCUCCCUCCCAGGCUCAGCUCCGGGCGGGAAGGUGGAGUUCAAGAGGACUCUCAUCAUCAGCUUCCUCUUCAAGUUCUACCUGGAAGUGUCGCAGCUUCUAAGGAGGAUGGACCCUGUUCACUAUCCUAGCCUUGCAGACAAGCAUGAGAGUGCUCUAGAAGACUUUCAUCCUAGGCAUCGCCAGAGUGCACUGAAGUACCAGAAGGUAGACCCAAAGCAGCCUCCUCAAGACCCAGUCGGCCAUCCCAUCAUGCACCUGUCUGGUAUUAAGCAUGCCACGGGAGAAGCCAUCUACUGUGACGACAUGCCUGCCAUGGACGGGGAACUUUUCUUGGCUUUUGUAACAAGUUCAAGAGCUCAUGCUAAGAUUGUGUCCAUUGAUGUGUCAGAAGCCCUCAGCCUGCCAGGCGUGGUGGACGUCCUGGCCGAGGAGCACCUUCAAGGCGUGAACUCCUUCUGCUUUCUGGGCCAACCUGAGAAGCUGCUGGAGUCAGAGAUGGUGUUUUGCGUGGGUCAGCUUGUCUGUGCCGUGAUUGCGGAUUCUGAGAUUCAGGCAAGAAGAGCUGCGAAGCGAGUGAAGAUUGUCUAUCAAGAUUUGGAGCCAGUGAUCCUAACCAUUGAGGAAGCUAUACAACACAAGUCCUUCUUUGAGCCAGAAAGGAAACUGGAAUAUGGAAAUGUUGAUGAAGCUUUUAAAGUGGUUGAUCACAUUGUUGAAGGUGAAAUACAUUUGGGAGGUCAAGAACAUUUUUAUAUGGAAACCCAAAGCAUGCUUGCUGUUCCCAAAGGGGAGGAUCAAGAAAUGGAUGUCUACGUGUCCACACAAUAUCCCAAAGGCAUACAGGACAUCGUUGCUUCGGUCUUGAAGCUGCCGGCGAACAAGGUCAUGUGUCAUGUAAAGCGUGUUGGCGGAGCAUUUGGGGGGAAGGCGUUUAAGACUGGCGUCAUGGCAGCCAUCACCGCAUUUGCAGCAAACAAACAUGGCCGUGCAGUCCGCUGCAUCCUGGAGCGGGGAGAAGACAUGUUAAUAACCGCGGGCCGCCACCCUUACCUUGGGAAGUACAAAGCGGGGUUCAUGAAGGAUGGCAGAAUCCUGGCCCUGGACAUGGAGCACUAUGGCAAUGGAGGCGCCUUCCCGGACGAGUCAUUAUUAGUGCUGGAAAUUGGACUCCUGAAGUUGGAUAAUGCUUACAAGUUCCCCAACCUGCGUUGCCGAGGGUGGGCGUGCAGAACCAACCUGCCACCCAACACGGCUUUUCGUGGGUUCGGCUUCCCGCAGGCAGGGCUGAUCACCGAAGCCUGCAUCACCGAUGUGGCAGCCAAGUGUGGCUUGUCCCCUGAGAAGGUCCGAAUGAUAAACAUGUACAAGGAAAUUGACCAAACACACUACAAACAAGAGAUUAAUGCCAAGAACCUGAUCCAGUGUUGGAGAGAAUGUAUGGCCAUGUCUUCCUACUCCCUGAGGAAAGCAGCUGUGGAAAAAUUCAACUCGGAGAAUUCCUGGAAGAAGAAGGGGCUGGCCAUGGUCCCCGUGAAGUUUCCUAUCGGCCUUGGCUCCCGGGCUGCUGGCCAGGCUGCUGCCCUGGUUCACAUUUAUCUAGACGGGUCUGUGCUGGUGACUCACGGAGGAAUUGAAAUGGGGCAGGGGGUCCACACGAAAAUGAUUCAGGUGGCCAGUCGUGAGUUAAGGAUGCCACUGUCCAAUGUCCACCUGCGUGGGACAAGCACAGAAACCGUCCCCAAUGCGAACGUCUCCGGGGGCUCCGUGGUGGCGGAUCUCAACGGGCUGGCAGUGAAGGACGCUUGCCAAACUCUCCUAAAGCGCCUGGAACCCAUCAUCAGCAAGAAUCCUCGAGGCACUUGGAAGGACUGGGCGCAGGCGGCUUUCGACGAAAGCAUCAGCCUCUCGGCCACCGGGUACUUCAGGGGUUACGAGUCAAACAUGAACUGGGAGACAGGCGAAGGCCAUCCCUUCGAAUACUUUGUUUACGGAGCCGCCUGUUCCGAGGUUGAAAUAGACUGCCUGACAGGUGCUCAUAAGAACAUCAGGACAGACAUCGUCAUGGAUGUUGGCUGCAGUAUAAAUCCAGCCCUUGACAUAGGCCAGAUCGAAGGUGCAUUUAUUCAAGGCAUGGGACUCUACACAAUCGAGGAACUGAAUUAUUCUCCUCAGGGUGUCCUGUACACUCGCGGUCCAGACCAAUACAAAAUCCCCACCAUCUGUGACAUCCCCACAGAGUUUCACGUUUCCUUUUUGCCUCCAUCUCAAGACUCAAAUACCCUGUAUUCAUCUAAGGGCCUGGGAGAGUCUGGCGUAUUCCUGGGCUGCUCAGUGUUCUUCGCCAUCCAUGACGCGGUGAGUGCAGCGCGACAGGAGAGAGGCCUGCGUGGACCAUUGAAGCUCAAUAGCCCACUGACCCCAGAGAAGAUUCGAAUGGCCUGUGAAGAUAAGUUCACAAAAAUGAUUCCAAGAGACAAACCUGGAUCCUAUGUUCCUUGGAAUAUACCCAUAUGAUCAAGUACAGAAUUUGGGAGAAAAUCGGGUGACUCUUCCAAUAUAGCAAUCUACCCUGUUUCUAUGCUCUAGGAUGCUCGGAAUGAAAGACAAAUCUCCACCGUUCAGAAGUCAUUUCACAGAGUAUUGCUUUUAUAUGACGCUGACUUCGAACGUUCCAUUUAGAUUUUGAUAGAUAUGCUUAAGCAAUUUAGAAAUCAUAUUUUAAAUGUUGUAAACACUAGCUGGCUUCCUCUAAGAUAUUCCCCAUCACUCUGCCCCUUAAGCCUUCCGGCUGAAUGGAAUAGAAGGUAAUGACUUGUAUGUGAUUCACAUCUGGCUUAUAUGCAACUGAAAUUAUACUGUCUAGUGAAAGGAAGUUUUCUAAAUGAUUUUAUUAGUAGUAUACACUGUAAAGGAUAUUCACUUUUUACUUUAUACGCUUUGUAUGUUUUAGUUUCUAAAAAUAUGCUUUAGUUUUGUCAUUUAAAGCAAAUUAAUAAACAGACCCAUUUAACACCUAGAAACAG